AUGAAAUAUUAUACAAGAUGUGUAUAUGCAGCUUCUGUCAGAGCUAAUAAUUCAGAAAUUCCAACUCCAACCGACAAGGAAUUAGCAUGGAUGCAUACUGAGGGUGUAAUUUGUCAUUUGCGAGGAAAUCAUACAAAAUGUUGGCCGAAAGAUUUGGUUCCAUAUGGUUUGUGGAUUCAAGAAGAACUUAUUGAAAAUAAAUUUGAACCAUCUUUUGCUCUGUUAAUAGUUGCAUUCAAAUCAUUAUCUCUCAAAUGUAUAGUUUGUCGAUCUUUUCAAAAAAAAUAUGUCAAUGGAUUAUGCGCAUUAUGUGGUUAUUUAAAAAAACAUAAUUUGUCCGACUAUAUACCAAACACACAAUAUCAUGAACAAUUAACUUCUAAAUUAAUUUUGAAAGAUAAUAUAAUAGACAGUAUUAUCACUAAAUUUUUUGGAUUUGAAAAAUAUCGUGAAAAGCAACGUGAAAGUAUAUUAUCUUUUUUAUCCAAUCAAGACACAUUAACUAUAUUAAAGACUGGUGAAGGAAAGAGUUUGAUAUAUGCGGUUGCAAGUAUACUAUCACAGGGAUUAACUGUAAUAUUUACUCCUCAAAAAACAUUGAUGGAUGAUCAAGUACGAGAAAUGGUAGAAAUGGGAAUACCGGUGGCAAUGUUAUAUACUUCUUCAGAACAAUUACUUCUAAUACAAGAAAAAAUUUUUGCUGAAAUUACAAGUGGAUUAUGUCGCAUAUUAUUUGUUACCCUAGAAAAAUAUAUAGAAAAUUUUCAAUUUCGUACUAUGUUAUAA